AUGGACCCUGCGGUAGAACCUCGAGGAUAUCUCGAGUGGAGGCGACUAUUUUCCACAGAUUUUGAAGCUGCCAUCGCCACAGGCAAUGCACCGGGCAAAGACCAUGACAAAAUGCUAUUCAUGUGCAACACUGAGUUCAGGCUAUCGGACAAGGGUUUGAAAUCUCCUAUAUACGAGCGUGUGAUCUUCGCCUGGGACGAGGAUCAAGGCGUUUGGGUCCUGGAGGCUUCGGAGGCAAGCUGGGAGGCCCUGAAAGUCCUACUAGGACGCGAUUUCCUGCACUGGCAUGAAGCUUUGGAGAGAUGCGGCGCGGUCUAUUAUCAAGACUGGCGCGAGUGUCCCUGGAGCAGAGCCGCUGCUGAGCAGGGACGAAUCGACGGCUACAGACCAUUUUUCAUGGACAAGGCUGAUCUGAAGUAUAGGUUAAAGGAUACAGCUGGGGAACACAAGGAAGAGCCGGCUUCGACACAUGAUGCAAAACUUUGA